UGGCUGUCAGCCAGGAAGAUCGCUCCUGCCAGGCUGACUGAGGAGAAACCCAACAACUUUUCUUUUGUGUGUGGGGUUACUUUCCACUGCCCCCUCCCUUCUGUCCUUUCAAGAUUUAAAUGCUAAUGACGGAUUAAAACCUGUAGAUACGUUUGGCUUUGGGAGUCCGGUACGUUGGGGUGACUGACUGGGAUCACCAAGAUGACACUCCACACCACCCGGGCAGCUGCGCUCCUCUCUUGGGUUAACAGUCUGCGUGUGGCUGACCCAGUAGAAACUGUGCUACAGCUCCAGGACUGCAGCAUCUUCAUCAAGAUCAUUAACAGCGUCCACAACACCGAAGAGGGGCAGCAAAUCCUCCAGCAGCCAGUGCCAGAUAGACUGGACUUUGUGUGCAGUUUUCUGCAGAAAAAUCGAAAACAUCCCUCUUCUACACAAUGCCUGGUGUCUGUGCAGAAAGUGAUGGAGGGCUCUGAGCUGGAACUGGCCAAGAUGCUGCUGCUGCUUUUAUAUCACUCUACCAUGAGCUCCAGAAACCCCUGGGACUGGGAACAGUUUGAAUAUAGGAUUCAGGCUGAGUUAGCUGUCAUCCUGAAGUUUAUGCUGGAUCAUGAGGAUGGGCUAAACCUUACUGAGGACCUAGAGAAUUUCUUGGAGAAAGUUCCUGUCUCUUCCACCUGUUCCAGCACCCUCUCUGAAGAGCUUUCCCCACCCAGCCACCAGGGCAAGAGGGAGGUUCGCUUCCUAGAGCUACAGAGGAUUGCCUCGACUUCCAGUGAGAACAACUUCCUCUCAGGUUCUCCAUCCUCCCCUAUGAGUAACAUCCUGCAGACCCCACAGUUCCAGAUGAGACGGCUGAAGAAGCAGCUGGCCGACGAGAGGAACAACAGGGAUGAGCUAGAGCUGGAGCUGGCUGAGAGCCGCAAGCUCCUCACUGAGAAGGAUGCACAGAUAGCCAUGAUGCAGCAGCGCAUUGACCGCCUGGCUCUGCUGAACGAGAAGCAGGCAGCCAGCCCACUGGAGCCCAGGGAGCUUGAGGAGCUCCGUGGCAAGAACGAGAGUCUCACCAUGCGGUUGCAUGAGACUCUGAAGCAGUGUCAGGACCUGAAGACAGAGAAAAACCAGAUGGACCGCAAGAUCAGUCAGCUUUCUGAGGAGAACGGGGACCUUUCCUUUAAACUUCGUGAGUUUGCAAGUCACUUGCAGCAACUCCAGGGUGCCCUCAAUGACCUGACAGAGGAGCACAGCAAGGCCACUCAGGAAUGGGUGGAGAAGCAGGCCCGUCUGGAGAAGGAGCUCAGCACAGCCCUCCAGGAUAAGAAAUGUCUUGAAGAGAAGAAUGAAAUCCUUCAGGGAAAGCUUUCCCAGCUGGAAGAACGGGCAGAUCAACUGUGUGAGAACCUGACUCAGGAGAAGGGCGAGGUGCUGGGUGAUGCCUUGCAGCUGGAAACCUUGAAGCAAGAAGCAGCCACACUUGCUGCAGACAACACCCAGCUCCAAGCCCGGGUGCAGACCUUGGAGCAUGAACAGGGCCAGCAGGAAGCCCAGCUACUCGCUGAGCGGGGCCGCUUUGAAGAAGAAAAGCAGCAGCUGGCCAGCUUGAUUGCUGACCUGCAGAGCUCCAUCUCCAGCCUCUGCCAGGCCAAGGAGGAGCUGGAGCAGGCCUCACAGGCUCAGGGGGCCCAGCUGACUGCCCACGUGGCCUCUCUAACAGCACUCAAUGCCACCCUGCAGCAGCAGGAUCAAGAGCUGGCCAGCCUGAAAGAGCAAGCCAAAAAGGAGCAGGCUGAGCUGGCACAGACCCUGCAAGAGCAAGAACAGGCCUCGCAAGGCCUCUGUCAGCAGGUGGAGCAGCUGAGCAGCAGCCUGAAACAGAAGGAGCAGCUGCUGGAAGAGGCAGCCAAGGAGCAGGAGGCAGCCAGGCGAGAUCACGCCCAGCAACUGGCCAGUGUUACUGAGGCGCAAGAAGCCUCUCUAAGGGAGAGGGAUGCUGCUCGCCAGCAGCUGGAAGCAAUGGAGAAGGAGAUGGCUGCCAAGCUAGAGAGUCUGCAGAAGCAACUUCAAGCUGCUAAUGAAGCUCGGGACAGUGUGCAGACAUCAGUCACACAAGCCCAGCAGGAGAAAGUAGAGCUCAGCCAAAAAGUAGAGGAACUCCAUUCCUGUGUUGAAGCUGCCCACCAGGAACAGCGUCAGGCCCAGGCCCGGGUGACAGAGUUAGAGGCCCAACUGAAGGCUGAACAGCAAAAAGCAACCGAGAUAGAAAAAGUGGCCCAGGAGAAAGGCCAGCUCCAAGAACAGCUACGGGUCCUUGAGGAGUCCUUGAAAAUCACCAAGGGCAGCCUUGAGGAGGAGAAACGCAAGGCGGCAGAUGCCCUGGAGGAGCAGCAACGCCAUGUCACUGAACUAGAAGCAGAGUCCCGAAGCCUCAUGGAGCAGCGUAAGCAGGAACAGAAGGAGUUAGAGGAAGAGAAGACUGAGCGAAAGGGGCUGGAGGCCCAAUUACAGCAGCUUGGGAAAGCCCAUCAGGCUGAGACUGAAGCCUUGCGGCAGGAGCUUGCAGAGACCACAGCUUCCCAGCAUAGGGCUGAGAGUGAGUGUGAGCGGCUUGUCAAGGAAGUUGCUACCUGGCAAGGGAGGUUUGAAGACAGCCAGCAAGAAGAGGCACGGUAUGGUGCCAUGUUCCAGGAACAGCUGAUGGCUCUGAAGGAGGAGUGUGUAAAGGCCCGCCAGGAGCUUCAGGAGGCAAAAGAGAAGAUGGCAGGAGUAGAGGCCCACAGUGAGCUCCAGAUAGGCCAGCAGCAGACUGAGCUAGCCCAGCUUCAUGCCAACCUGGCCAGAGCCCUUCAGCAGGUCCAGGAGAAGGAAGUCAGAGCCCAGAAGCUGGCAGAUGACCUCUCUACUCUGCAGGAGAAAAUGGCUGCCACUAGCAAGGAGGUGGCCCGGCUGGAGGCCUUGGUGCGCAAAGCAGGUGAACAACAGGAAACAGCCUCCCAUGAGCUAUUCAAAGAGCCACCAAGGGCUAGUGACAGAGAGUCCAAAUGGCUAGAAGAACAGCAGGGACGGCCAUUCUGCAGCACACAGGCAGCACUACAGGCUAUGGAGCGUGAGGCCGAACAAAUGGGCAGCGAACUGGAGAGGCUGAGGGCAGCGCUCAUGGAGAGCCAGGGGCAGCAGCAGGAGGAGCGUGGGCAACAAGAGAGGGAGGUAGCACGGCUGACUCAGGAGCGGGGCCAGGCCCAAGCUGACCUGGCCCAGGAGAAGGCAGCCAAGGCAGAGCUUGAGAUGCGGCUACAGAAUGCCCUCAACGAGCAGCGUGUGGAGUUCGCUGCCCUGCAGGAAGCACUGGCCCAUGCCUUGAAGGAAAAGGAUGGCAAAGACCAGGAGCUGGCCAAGCUUCGUGGACAGGAGGCAGCUCUAAAAUCAGAGCUGAGAGAGCUUCAGCAGGACAUGGAGCAGCUGAAAGCACUUCGGGUCAAGAAAGAAAAAGAGCACCCUGUAGGGGGCGCCAGUGGGGAAGAUACUCUGGGCCCAGGAGCCCAGUUAGAGGCAGUUGGAAAGACAGAGCCUCCAGGCACUGAGCUGGAGACCUUGCAGGCAGAGGUGAGCAAGCUGGAGCAGCAGUGCCGCCGGCAGCAAGAGCAGGUUGAAGGCCUGGCACACAGCUUGGAGUCGGAGCGAGCUUCCCUGGCCGAGAGGGACAAGGCCCUGGAGACGCUGCAGAGCCAGUUAGAGGAGAAGGCUCGGGAGCUGGGGCACAGUCAAGCUGCUUCAGCCUCAGCUCAGAGGGAAUUGACAGCCCUCCGUGCCAAGGCCCAGGACCAUAGCAAGUCUGAGGAGGAAUGGAAGGCCCAGGUAGCCCGGGGCCAGCAGGAGGCUGACAGAAAAAGCAGUCUUAUCAGCAGCUUGGAAGAAGAGGUGUCCAUCCUGAAUCGCCAAGUCCUAGAGAAAGAGGGGGAGAGCAAAGAGUUAAAACGCCUAGUUAUAGCUGAGUCAGAGAAGAGCCAGAAGCUAGAAGAGAGGCUGCGCCUGCUUCAGGCAGAAACAGCCAGCAACAGUGCCAGAGCAGCGGAACGCAGCUCAGCUCUGCGGCAGGAAGUACAGAGCCUCCGGGAGGAGGUGGAGAAACAGCGUGUGGCUUCAGAGAACUUGCGGCAGGAGCUGGCCUCACAGGCCGAGCGAGCUGAAGAACUGGGCCAAGAAUUGAAGGCGUGGCAGGAGAAGUUCUUCCAGAAGGAACAAGCGCUCUCUGCCCUGCAGCUGGAGCACACCAGCACACAGGCCCUGGUGAGCGAGCUGCUGCCUGCCAAGCAUCUCUGCCAGCAGUUGCAGGCUGAGCAGGCAGCUGCGGAGAAGCGCCACCGGGAGGAGCUGGAGCAGAGCAAGCAGGCAGCUGGAGGGCUGCGGGCAGAGCUGAUGAGGGCACAGAGGGAGCUUGGGGAACUAGUGCCGUUGCGACAAAAGGUGGUGGAGCAGGAGCGAGCAGCCCAGCAGCUUCGGGCAGAGAAGGCCAGCUAUGCAGAGCAACUGAGCAUGCUGAAGAAGGCUCAUGGCUUGCUGGCAGAGGAGAACCGGGGGUUGGGAGAGCGGGCCAGCCUUGGCCGGCAGUUCCUGGAAGUGGAGCUGGAUCAGGCCCGUGAGAAGUAUGUCCAGGAGUUAGCAGCUGUGCGUGCUGAUGCUGAGACCCGUCUGGCUGAGAUGCGGCAAGAAGCACAGAGCACAAGCAGGGAGCUGGAGGUGAUGACUGCCAAGUAUGAGGGUGCCAAGGUGAAGGUCCUGGAAGAAAGGCAGCGGUUCCAGGACGAGAGGCAGAAACUCACUGCCCAGGUGGAGCAGCUAGAGGUAUUUCAGAGAGAGCAGACUAAGCAGGUGGAAGAACUGAGUAAGAAACUGGCAGAGUAUGACCAAGCCAGCAAGGUGCAGCAGCAGAAACUGAAGGCUUUCCAGGCCCAGGGAGGUGAGAGCCAGCAGGAGGUCCAGCGCCUCCAGGCACAGCUGAGUGAGCUGCAGGCCCAACUGAGCCAGAAGGAACAGGCCGCUGAGCAUUAUAAGCUGCAGAUGGAGAAAGCCAAGACCCAUUAUGAUGCCAAGAAACAGCAGAACCAAGAGCUGCAGGAACAGCUUCGGGACCUGGAGCAGCUGCAGAAGGAGAACAAGGAGCUGCGGGCUGAAGCUGAACGUCUGGGCCGUGAGCUGCAGCAGGCAGGACUGAAGACCAAGGAGGCUGAACAAGCCUGCCGCCACCUUACUGCCCAGGUGCGCAGCCUGGAGGCACAGGUUGCCCAUGCAGAUCAGCAGCUUCGAGACCUGGGUAAAUUUCAGGUGGCAACUGAUGCCUUAAAGAGCCGUGAGCUCCAGGUCAAACCCCAGCUGGAUUUGAGUAUUGACAGCCUGGAUCUGAGCUGUGAGGAGGGGACACCAUGCAGUGUCACCAGCAAGCUGCCUCGUACCCAGCCAGAUGGCACCAGUGUUCCUGGAGAGCCAGCCUCACCUAUUUCCCAGCGCCUGCCCCGCAAGGUGGAAUCCCUGGAGAGCCUGUACUUCACUCCCAUUCCUGCUCGGGGUCAGCCUCCUCUGGAGAGCAGCUUGGACUCCUUGGGGGACGUCUUCCCCGACUCAGGCCGUAAGACCCGCUCUGCUCGCAGGCGAACCACACAAAUCAUCAACAUUACCAUGACAAAGAAGCUAGAUAUGGAGGAGCCAGACAGUGCUAACUCAUCCUUCUAUAGCACGCAGUCUGCCCCUGCUUCCCAGGCUGUCCUGCGAGCCACCUCUUCUACCCAGUCUCUGGCCCGUCUGGGUUCUCCUGAUGACGGCAACUCAGCUCUGCUUAGUCUGCCUGGCUAUCGGCCUACCACUCGAAGCUCUACUCGUCGCUCCCAGGCCAGGGUGUCCAGUGGGGCCCCACAAGGAAGGAACAGCUUCUACAUGGGCACUUGUCAGGAUGAGCCUGAGCAGCUGGACGACUGGAACCGCAUUGCAGAGUUGCAGCAGCGCAACAGAGUAUGCCCCCCGCACUUGAAGACCUGCUAUCCUCUGGAGUCCAGGCCUUCCCUAAGCCUGGCCACCAUCACCGAUGAGGAGAUGAAAACCGGAGAUCCUCGGGAGACCCUGCGCCGAGCCAGCAUGCAGCCAACCCAGAUUGCUGAGGGUGCUGGCAUUACCACCCGCCAGCAGCGCAAACGGGUCUCCUUAGAGACCCACCAGGGCCCUGGCACCCCUGAGUCCAAGAAGGCUACCAGCUGUUUCCCACGCCCCAUGACUCCCCGGGACCGACAUGAAGGGCGCAAACAAAGCACCACUGAAGCCCAGAAGAAAGCAGCUCCAGCUGUUCUUAAACAGGCUGACCGGCGCCAAUCAAUGGCCUUCAGCAUCCUUAACACACCCAAGAAGCUGGGGAAUAGUCUUCUGCGGCGAGGCAUUUCAAAGAAGACCCCAGCGAAGGCCUCCCCUGGUACCCGCAGUGGAACCCGCCGCUCUCCACGCAUCGCUACCACCACAGCCAGCGCUACAUCUGCUGCUGCCACCCCUCGGACCAAGGGCAAGGCAAAGCAUUAAAGAGCCAGUACCAGUGCGUGGCCCUACCUGUAUCCCCAGCGCUGACCUUGCCUGGUCCUUUUCCUUCUACUGUCCCUCUCAGUGCCUUCUCUCGGCUCUCAGGCCAAUGGUGGCCAGUCCCCCAGACAGUGAUGCCUGCCUGCACCCUGGCCUGGUACCUGGACUUCACUGGUGCCUUCUAGGCACCUUCUCAGAGCUGGCCUGAGAGGCUUGGAGCUUAGACAGUGUCGGUCUUCUCCCUCUCUUGCCUCCUGAAUUUUUUUUCUUGGAGCAAAAUCCACUUCUCCAUCAUAACCAGAUUUGAGGCUGGCUUUUUGUGACUGGCUUUUUGAGCCCAGUCUUCCUUAGCCUCUGGAUCUAGAAGGGACCAUUGGAGAAGCAGGCCUUGGUUCCUGCUAUUCCUGGUGGCUGGGCCUAGCAGGGGCCCUUGCUCUUGAAGCCCAGGACUGGGCAUUACCUGGUGGGAGCCUCUGCUCUAUCUGUUCCCAUCCACCCAAGGGCACAGCUGCCUGGAGGAUGGAUGCUCUUUUCCAGGACAAAUGGGUCCUGGGUCUCAGGGGUGGGGUAGGGGGCAGUCUUCAACGGCAGCUCACACCUCACCUUCCCCAGACUUGCACUGGGGUGGGAUUUGAAAUGAUGGGAAGGUUUUGAAGGGCCGGGGAUGGAUUUUUUUCUAAAUGUUAUUACUUGUAAAUAAAGUCUAUUUUUCUCCCUCGA